UUUUCAUUGUCCUCAACUGCGAAGAUGCCUAAUGUUGACCUCGAGAUAAUCAGUUCCUUCCUCUACGUUCCAUGGAUCUGUUGCAUAAAUAAUGCUUUGCAUGUGAUAUGUACUGCUCAUGGGUAUGCAAGUGCAGCCCCAUAUCGUGCUGGACAAUCUUCCCUUCGAGAAUUCGGCCGCGGUGGUGAUGAUCAGCGGCGAAGAUACUAUCCUCAAAGGGUCCACCGACGCCUUGUACUUCAACUCGUGGUCCAUGGGUUAUCGCUACCUGCCCGAUGGCUCGGGCGGCAAGCAGACAGGCUUCCUGGAUCCCGCUCCAGAAAAGCCAUCAGUUCUCUUUGAUAGCUCGGGGGCUUACUAUCGUCGGGCUAAGCCGCAGUACGAGAGCGAGACUCCAAUCGUUGCAACUGCCAAUGACAUCUCAAACGAUGGCACAGGUGAUCAAACUGCCGCCAUCAACAGCCUUCUGUCGGGUAAUGUGGGCUCGGUGAUCUACUUCCCAGGUGGUGUGUAUCUUGUCGAAGACACCGUUAAGGUGCCUGGUGGCAGUAAAAUCAUUGGGUCUGGCUGGAGUCAGAUUAUGGGUACGGGAUCAGCCUUCGCGGACGAGGAGAACCCUACAGUGGUAGUCCAGGUUGGUGAUGAAGACGAUGAAAGUGUCAUCGAAAUCAUGGACACGCCUUUCACCGUCAAGGGUGCCACUGCCGGUGCUGUGUUGAUGGAAUGGAAUGUGCACGAGAGCACGCAAGGCAGCGCUGCCAUGUGGGACAGCCACUUGCGCGUGGGAGGUACCACUGCCGGUAACCUGGGGAUUGAGAAUUGCCCUACAGGCUCCAGAAUUAAUAAGGACCGCAUGGCAGCUGCUAUGCUGAUGCACGUCACCUCGUCGGCUUCUGGUUACUUUGAGAAUGUCUGGGGCUGGGUAGCAGAUCACGACAUCGACAGCAAGCUCAAUGCCGUCGCGACAGAGAGCACCACCGGGAUUCCCUUGAAUCUACAGACAGACAUCUCGGUCUAUGUCGGUCGUGGAUCCCUCAUUGACUCACAAGGCCCGGGUCAAGCGUUCCCUCGGACUCGCCGACCUCAACUACUGAACCCACAAAGACUACCACCUAUUCCACAACCACAGUCAUCGGAAUCAUUUCAACUGGAGGCGACGAUGAUGGCAAGAAUAAGCACCACGUCACGCACCACCGCCGAGAACCCAAGCCGAAGUGCACGAACAAGGCAGUGUGUGGUGAGAACUGCCAUCAGGGGCUUGUCGGGCUUUGGAACUCUGCCUUUGACGUUUGUACACGUUGUUGGACUAACUGCGGUGGAGGCAAAUCGCCAAACAAGUUCGGCAACAAUCCUAACAGACCGAAGCCCGUUCCCACCGGCGGUCCGGGCGACACUGAUGAGGAGUGUGAGACCUCGACUUACAGCUCCUGCAACGUAGCCUGCGUGACCCAAGCCGCCACGAGCUCCUGUCCCACAUCAUGCAGAGAUGUGGUUGGCUGUGACACCACGGCGACCACCACGUCGGACAUUUACUCGGCGGCCCCCGUACUCUUGGGCGGCGUGGAUUCAUGGGAUGAUUACGAGACAGACAUUUACACAGCCGACUGGAACGCAGCCUGGUCAAUCUAC